AUGAAAAGACCUACUUCCAUUCACCUGGUACUUUUCAUGGCCUCGGUAGCCAUCGCAGCUGACUCUACAUGUGCCAUUGACUGCUUCCAAGGACUCAUCACGAAUGGUCCUCCCGCGGGAUGCAAAGAGGCGACGAACUAUCUCUGCUUCUGCACAAUGCCUACGCUGCAGAGCAACUUUGUGCAAUGCGCUGACAAGACUUGCGCCGAUGAGAAAGCUGGGGCUAUGGCUUGGGCAAAUGAGCUUUGCGGAAAACUUGGGAAGCCUAUUGAUCUCGGAGGCUCUGGGGGAUCUCCCAAGACUGAUGAGACUACGGCUGUCGAUACCCCAACUUCCAGUGCUAGCAACGAGGUGAAACCAACCACCGAGGCUGGAAAGAUAACAGAUGAGGUGCCGACUACCACUACAGAGGCCAAGACGGAAUCCAAGGUUGAGGAGACUUCAAGUGACAAGACCUCUGAGGUCACUUCUGAGUCAUCUGCUGGUGAAACAACCGCGACCUCGAUCAAGACCACGGUCAGCAAGCCGAAAGAAACGAACGACGCAUCGGGCAGUGCAGCUGAAGCGACGGCUGAUCAGACUAGCGAUGACUCUGUUGUCACGAUUACUGGAACUGCCGAUACUGCUACUGCAACUCCGUCUCUGACCGACGGUUCCAACGUCGCCAAUUCCGCAGGACCCAACUUCUAUGCUGCUGUUGGUGUUGCUGCAGCGUUUUGGCAAUUACUGUAA